AACAAGACAGAGAACACCUUGAAGUUUAGCAGCAGCUUGAACGCCCUUCGAGAUACUCUUCAAGAGUGUGGGCUGACCUACGCCAACCUAUCUCGUCUCAAUAGGAGGAGACGACACCCUGACGACCAACCGACCAACAUAAACUACCACCGCAUACGAUAAUCCACCAUCCCAACGUAGCGAUGCGUUCUUUCUUCAUCCUGGCCACUGUGGCCAUCGGCGCCACUAGCGCCACCCAGUACCCCAACUGUGAGCACGACAACUGCUACCGCAACAUGAUCGACGCCAGGUUCAGUGCCGCCGUCAAGGACUGGUGCCCCAAGUUCCUUGGCUCCCAGUCCAACAACGCGGGCGAUAUCCACAAGGACAUCACCAACUGCGGCGGCGACGUGAAGCGCGUCAGCUCCGCCUGCUCGUGUAUCACCUACUCGGCUACCCACCAGUCCACCAGCACGACGUCGCAGAGCAGCAGCAGCAGCAGCAGCAGCGGAAGCACGGCGCCGGUCACAACCACCUCGGCUUCUUCGACUAGCCUGAGCAGCAGCUCAUCGUCUAGGCCGACCUCGACGACUGUCAGCAGCACGAGCAGCUCGAGCAGCAGCUCUAGCUCAAAUUCUAGUAAGCCUAGCACUGCUACGAGCUCCAGCUCGACAUCGAGCAAAGCAACUAGCUCUAGCUCCAGCUCGACAUCGAGCAAGCCUACCACGACUACCAGCUCCAACUCGACCUCGAGCAAGCCCACCACCACCAUCAGCUCCUCCCACACCACGCGCAUGACGACAAAGACCAUCUGCAAAACGGAGCGCAAGACAGUAACGGAAUGUCCGCACGACAAGCCCAACUGCCCCGGCAACUCGAAGACCACCUCGGUCGUUGUGGUGACCAUCCCAAUUACUACCACGGUCUGUCCAGUCACUGAAAGCGGCACCAGUACCACCCCGGCGCCGACGACGACUAGCUCCUCGAGCUCUUCCUCCUCUACGUCUUCGGGCCAGUCAUCAACCAACACUACCUCAUCGGCCACCACCACGUCCAUGACUACUUCUACCGUCUAUAACAACGUUGUCAAGACCGUCACUGUCUGUCCCGCUUCCCGCAAGGACUGUCCUGAAAGGGAAAAGACCACCUCGCUCUCUACGACCAAGGAAUUUGUUCGGACUACCGUCGUUCCUUGCUCCCCGAAGCACACAACCACCUCGUCUUCGUCCUCCAGCACUUCGUCCUCUAGCACUUCGUCCAGCAAUACUACAUCCUCAGCCACUACCACGUCCAUGACCACUUCCCAUUCGAACUCGACAAUGACCACGUCCUCAUCGACCUCUUCUCGACACUCGAACUCGACGACUUCAGCCGCCACGAGCACACCCUGCACCAUCUACACGACCAGGGCCAAGACUACAACGAGCUGCAUGAUGACCAUAUUGGGCAAGUGUGUGGGUAAUCCAGUUACAAAAACUACAAGCGAAUCCUACGCGGUGAAGACCACGUCUUGUGCUGUUAAUUCGGCGACUACUACUAGCUCAUCUAGCAGCAGCAGGUCCCCGACCACGACGACCCCCGCCUCCUCGACGACGUCGACGAUCUACUCUACCCAGGUAAGUACUGUUACAGAGUGCCCGUCUACUAAGAAGGACUGUCCUCUGCGCGAAAAGAAGACGCAUGUGGUCACAAAGACGUUUGCCAUUUCCACAACGGUGUGCCCUAUUACCUCGCACAAGUCCUCCAGCUCUUCCAGCACCUCGGGAUCGACCACCUCCUAUAGCAACAGUACCAUGUCGCACUCAACUUCGAGGUACUCCAACAGCACCACAAGCGCUACUACCACGAGCCCUCCGAGGUCGACCACCUCGACCAUCUACACCACCCGAGUCAGCACCGUUUCGGCCUGCCCUCCCAACAAAAAGGACUGCCCGCUCCGAGAAAAGACGUCCUCCAAGGUGGUGACCGAAACGAUUGUCCUUUCUACCACCGUGUGUCCCGUCACAACGACGUCCAGCUCUUUGAGCUCCUCGAAGGCGACGACUUCCUACUCCAACAGUACCACGAGCGCCACCACAACCAGCCCUCCGAAUUCGACCACCUCGACCAUAUACACGACCCGGGUCAGCACCGUCUCGGCCUGUCCGUCUAACAAGAAGGAUUGCCCGCUUCGGGAAAAGACGUCGUCGAAGGUGGUGACUGAAACCGUCGUUCUUUCGACCACUGUCUGCCCAGUCACCACGACUUCUCAAUCCUCUUCUUCUCCUAAGCCAACCCCCACAACUUCCAUGUCCACUUCGACUAUCUACACAACACGAGUCAACACCGUCUCGGCUUGCCCCCCUGAUAAGAAGGACUGCCCUCUCAACCAGAAGACCAUGUCGCUUGUCACCGAGGUUGUUGUUCUGUCGACUACUAUCUGCCCGAUCACCAUGACGCCGAGCCCCAAGAACCCCAGCCCGACGCCAGCGCCCGCAACGACAUCCAUGUCCACCUCGACCAUCUACUCGACUCGGAUAAACACCGUCUCGGCGUGCCCUCCGGACAAGAAGGAUUGCCCGCUGAACCAGAAGACAACGUCCCUUGUCACUGAGGUUAUUGUUCUCUCGACAACCAUCUGCCCGAUCACCAUCCAAGCUGCGUCAACUCCCACGACAACCUCUACCUCGUCAGUCCUCUACAGCACCUCCAUCAAGACGAUCACUGCUUGCCCGUCGGACAAGCCAGACUGCCCGCUUCGCGAUGGCAAGUCCUCAUCUUUGAUCACGGAAACGAUCCCGAUCGCCACGAGCGUCUGGGCGACUACAAUCACACCCCCAACAUCUAGCGCCUCGAGCACUUCUAGCAGCUCUAGCGCCCCCGCGCCCUCUCCCUCGUCGACCACGACAUCCACGAGGGUUUACGACUCGACGCGCACGGGCUACUCGACCUCGCUGGUCACCACGAGCGCCUGUCGCGACGGCAAGAGCGACUGCGCGGCCUCGGACCGCACCGUCGCCUCGGUCGUGACGUCGUCGUACGCUGUGACGACGUCGGUCGCUCCCGUGACCGAGGUGGUCGUGGCCACCGUCUCGCCUACAAACACCGUCACCAGCACCAGCACGUCCCCGGACACGACGACGACGUCGACGGCGGCGGGCGCCACCGUCGUCACGACCGUCUGGACCAGCACCUCGACCAACACCAUCUACUCGUCCACGGUCCGCGACGCCACCCUCGGCAGUAUCCACGUCGACGAGCGAGACGGUCGUGACGGCGCUCAGGGCCAACGACGGCAACGGCGGCUGGACCACGAUGCAGACCAGCACCACGGGAGGCGGCAACGGCGGCGGCAACAAGCCCGGCGCCACGGCCGGGGCCGGCCAGACUUGGACUGA